CAUAAGAAUCAUUAGAGAUUAAAAAAGAACAAAACAAUCUAAAUCAUAAAUCUUGUAGUAAUUACAAUGGCGUCAGAGCAAGCAAGAAGAGAGAACGUGGUGAAGGAAAGAGAAGUUCAAGUGGAGAAAGAUAGAGUCCCGAAGAUGACGAGUCAUUUCGAGUCAAUAGCCGAGAAAGGCAAAGACUCCGACACGCAGAGGCAGCAGGAGACGACGACACACUUUGUGUCGCUCUCGGACAAAGGGAACGAAGGAGAAGGGGAGACGAAGAUGAAGAUGACUAAGAUGCCUCACACCGUUGGGAAGUUCGUUGUGCAUAGUGGUGAUAAGGAAGGAACGGGAAAGAAGGAGGAGGAGGAGCAAGAGAGGGCAACCCUAGAGGAUAUUCAAGGGUUUAGAGCCAAUGCUCAGCAGAAGUCGAUGGAUACGGUACGAGCAGCGGAGGAGAGGUAUAACAAGGCUAAGGAGGGUUUGAGCCGUGGCGGACAAGGAGGACAACAAGUGGAGGGAAGAGGAAGAGAGUGUGGUGUCCAUGUUACUCACGGUGGGACUGAGAAAGGAGGAAGCGUGCAAGACACGGCAAGUGAGAAGACUCAGAGAGCUUCUGAUUACGCGAGGGAGAAGGCAAGGGAAGCUGGACACGUGGGGGCUCAAAGAGGGCAAGAGGCUAAAGAACAAGCUGCAAGAGCCAAAGACUACACUAUGGAGAAGGGAGGAGACGUGAAGGACACGGCAAGUGAGAAGACUCAGAGAGCUUCUGAUUACGCGAGGGAGAAGGCAAGGGAAGCUGGACACAUGGGGGCUCAAAAAGGGCAAGCUGGUAGAGCUAAAGAUUACACUAUGGAGAAGGGAGGAGACGUGAAGGACACGGCAAGUGAGGAGAGUCAGAGAGCUUCUGAUUACGCGAGGGAGAAGGCAAGGGAAGCUGGACACAUGGGGGCUCAAAAAGAGCAAGAGGCGAAGGAACAAGCUGCAAGAGCCAAAGAUUACACUAUGGAGAAAGCUGGUGAAGCCAAAGAGACUGCGGCUGAGAAGGCUCGGAGAGCUUCUCAAUAUGCAACUGAGAAAGCAAAAGAAACAGCAAACAUGACAGCUGAACAAGCUGCAAGAGCCAAAGACAUGGCUUUACAGAAAGCUGCUGAAGCUAAAGACACGGCGGCUGAGAAGGCUAAGUAUGCAACUGAGAAAGGAAGAGAAACGGGCAUCACGGCGGCUGAGCAGGCUGCAAGAGCCAAAGACUUGGCUUUACAGAAAGCUGUUGAAGCCAAGGACAUUGCGGCUGAGAAAGCUGCAAGAGCCAAAGACUACACUCUUCAGAAAGCUGUUGAAGCUAAGGACAUAGCGGCUGAGAAAGCUCAGAGAGCUUCUCAGUAUGUAACCGAGAAAGGGAAGGAGACUGGGAACCUUACUGCUCAGAAAGGACAAGAAGCCAAAGAACAGACGGUUUCAGUGACGGCAAAAGCCAAAGACUAUACAGUUCAGAAGGCUGGUGAAGCGGUGGAAAUGAGCAAAGAAGCGGCUGAGUAUGCAAAAGAGACGGUGGUGGAAGGAGGCAAAGGAGCUGCGCAUUACACUGGAGUGGCGGCCGAGAAAGCUGGUACGGUUGGGUGGACAGCGGCGCAUUUCACCACGGAGAAAGUGGUGCAAGGGACCAAAGCGGUCGCUGGUACUGUGGAAGGAGCGGUUGGUUACGCAGGGCAUAAGGCGGCGGAAGUUGGUUCUAAGGCGGUGGACUUGACUAAGGAGAAAGCUGCAGUGGCUGCUGAUACGGUGGUUGGGUACACAGCGAGGAAGAAAGAGGAAGCUCAACACAGAGACCAAGAGAUGCACCAGGGAGGUGAGGAAGAGAAGGGACGAGGUUAUGUCACGGAACCAAGGGGAGGGUUUCAAGAGGAGUACAAAGGAGAAAGAGGGAGUACCGAGGAAGAUGUCUUUGGGUAUGGACCAAAAGGCUUCUCCGGAGCAGAGAGGAGAGACGUCAGGGAGGAGUACGGAAGAGGAAGAGAGAGUGAGGAAGAUGUCUUCGGAUAUGGAGCACAAGGAGGAGUCUCCAGAGAUGUCGGGGAGGAGGAGUUCUACGGAGGAGGAGGGAGAAGGAACGAGAGAUAUGCCCAAGAACAAGGGGCUGGAGCGGGUGGAGUGCUUGGGGCUAUUGGCGAGACUAUAGCUGAGAUUGCAAAGACUACAACGAACAUAGUUAUUGGUGAUCCUCCUGAGAGGACACAUGAGCAUGGAACUGCUGGUUAUAUGGGACAGGAACAUGGACGUCGUUGAUAAGUGAAAAAGGAGACAUGUUUUGUUUUUUGUUGUUGUCUAAAAGGGUUUUUGUAUGUAAAUAACAAAAAGCUCUGUUUCUGUUAUGUAAUGGUUGGUGAACCAAUACCAUCUCCACUGGUCUUUUAUCUACUC